AUGUACGGAUUCUGGGCUCUAGAGCCCUCCAACAUCAACAAGAACAAAAGACAAAACGUCAUGGGUCUUUUAUCCUCUGAAGAACAAGAAAUCCCCCGUUCUCUCCAACUCAGCCACUUGGAGCAUCACAUUCCAAUGCCUCGCUCACUCUCCGCCAUCUCAAAUCUCGAGAUUCGCGAUCUGAAUCGUGAUCAGGUCCGCUUUUACCAUCCUGGUUAUUUGAAGCCUUUGAACCUGCUCUUUUGUCUGCCGCGCGUCGACUACGAACCCCUCCGAGGCGCUUGGGGAGUUCAUUAUCGCACUGCUCUUACUGCUUGUCAGAUCAUUGCGAAUAAUGCUUUUGGUACUGGCAGGUUGGCUAGAGAUGAGCGGGGAAAGGAUAUAGUCGCCGAUGAUGAUCAGAUUUUGCUGAAUCGGGAUUACUGGUUCUUUAUCGAUGGUGAAGACCGAUACCCUAUUGUUCCCAGUUUCAGAGAUUGGCAAUUCCCUCAUGAUAAAUUGCCAGACUGGUGGACCGCACCUGAGUGCGCAACCACUCUUCACAGCAAGCGAUGCGCCGUCACAAACACAAGCUACGCAUUUACAUGGGCUCAUUUGAUUCCCCGAGAUGAGCAGCAGUGGUUCAACAAGAACGGAAUGGGUCUUUACGGCGGCGGCUCACACACCAUCGACGACCCUCACAACAUCCUCCCUCUCAAAGCCGAUCUCUAUGUCUGCUUUGAUCAGAGCGUUUUCGCACUCAUCCCCAAGGUCGCCAGGUCAGCAAACGGUGCCGAGACAAGCAACCAGUAUGUGCUGCACGUUCUUGACGGUAGAGAAGCAGAGUUUGCAGCUUUGUACCAAAACCGCAAUGUCGAAACACUUGCAGAGGGAAGCCGAGAAUAUCUCUUUGCCCGCUUCGCUUGGUCCAUCUUUUCAUUUCUCAAGCCUUUCCUUACAUCUGGCGUUGGCCGUCGCGUCGUGCGAUAUCGCGUGCGCGCAGCAGAUGAAGACGAAGAGGAAGAGCACUUGGUAUCUGAGAUGCAAAACAUCUUUCUAGACUCUAGAAAGUUGGAUCAACUGUAUGGUGGUGUCAGAGGAAGACGCGCGCCGUCCCUUGAGGGUUCGUAUGUGGAUGUCGAGGAUGAGUGGGAUGAUGAGAAUCCUGGACGGAAUGAGAUGGAAGGAUGA